GCUGAGGCUGUGACAGCGCGGACCGCACCGGGAAAAGGCAGUUGACGUUGUUACGCCUUGCUAGAUGAUUGGCGAGGUAAGAUGGCGGCGCCAGAGGAGCCAGAAUUAUCCCAGGCGCAGACCGAAAAACUCCUCCAGUUUCAGGACCUAACUGGGUUGGAGUCAAUGGACCAAUGUCGUCGAACAUUAGAGCAGCAUAAUUGGAACAUAGAGGCUGCAGUACAAGACAGACUUAAUGAGCAGGAAGGAGUGCCCAGUGUGUUUAACCCUCCACCAUCCAGACCAUUACAGGUCAAUACAGCAGACCAUAGAGUAUAUAGUUACAUCGUGUCAAGGCCACAACCCAGGGGGUUACUAGGAUGGAGUUACUACUUGAUAAUGCUACCAUUCAGAUUUACAUAUUACACACUUCUGGACAUAUUCAGGUUUGCCCUGCGGUUCAUCAGACCAGAUCCUCGUGGUCGCGUGACAGACCCUGUCGGAGAUGUUGUGUCUUUCAUUCAUAGUUUUGAGGAGAAGUAUGGUCAGGCACACCCUGUAUUUUACCAGGGAACAUACAGCCAGGCACUGAAUGAUGCCAAACGGGAGCUCCGCUACCUAUUAGUGUACCUUCACGGGGAUGAUCAUCAAGACACGGAUGAGUUUUGCCGCUCCACAUUAUGUACAGAAGAGGUCAUAACCUUCCUCAACACACGAAUGCUCUUUUGGGCAUGCUCAACCAGCAAGCCUGAGGGCUACAGAGUGUCCCAAGCAUUGCGCGAAAACACCUAUCCAUUCCUGGCCAUGAUAAUGCUGAAGGACCGCAAGAUGACAGUGGUGGGGCGGCUCGAGGGCCUGAUUCAGCCAGAGGACCUCAUCAAUCAGCUCACCUUCAUCAUGGAUGCCAACCAAACAUAUCUGAUGUCAGAGCGCCUUGAACGAGAGGAGAGGAACCAGACCCAAGUGCUAAGGCAGCAGCAGGAUGAGGCUUAUCUGGCCUCCCUCCGUGCCGACCAGGAGAAGGACCGAAAGAAAAGGGAGGAGCAGGAGCAGCGCAGGCAAGAGGAGGAGAAGGUCCGACAGAGUGCACUUGCUGAGGAGCGGAGACGAAGAACACUCGAAGAGGAGAAGGAGAGGAAGUCAGAAUGUCUUCCUCCAGAGCCGCCUGCAGAUGAUCCAGAGAGUGUCAAAAUAGUGUUUAAGCUUCCCAAUGAUACACGAGUAGAGAGACGAUUCCUCUUUGGGCAGUCUCUGACAGUAAUAUACGACUUCCUUUUCUCUUUGAAAGAAACCCCGGAGAAGUUUCAGAUAGUUACAAACUUCCCUCGCCGAGUCUUGCCCUGCCUCCCGACUGAAGAGCAGCCCAACCCACCCACACUGAAAGAGGCAGGACUCAGCCGCUCCGAGGUCCUUUUUGUUCAGGACCUUACGGACGAUUAAUAGAUGACAUACCUCCUCUACGUGGAAACACAUUUUCCUUCGAUGCCCACCCACCCCACCCUUUUUUUUCCCUUUUACUUCUUUUGUUAAAUGGCCAUAAUGCACAAGGGAUCAUUGAGAUAAAAUCCUGACCUGGAAAAAUUAAAACCACCCUGCAUCCAGUCCUUCAUUGGUUGUGUUUACAGGGUUCCCAAUAGCCUGGAAAGUCUUGAAUUUUAUCAAAUAAAUAUUUCUUGAAGUCCUUCCUUGAACUCAUCUUUGUACCCAUGUGGAGAAAGAAGUUUGUUUUCCAUUGUCUGUACUAGUUACCAGUUAAUUCUUGUCUUUCCUCACCAGUAAUUGUUGCAGCAACGGAUUAAUCAUCUACUGAAAUAUAUACUGAAACAGUAGCAUAGCUUUGUGCAAAACCAGAACCACAUCCCAAAUUAGUUCAUGUCAACUGGGCAACUGAGGAAGGCAGGUUGUAGUAAUACCUACUGAUAUACACAGGAUGCAGCAUGGAAAGGUAUGGAUUUCUACGAUGGUGUGAAUGCCUUGGCUAUUUUUUCUUUGUCAAAGACUUGAUGUUUGCUCCAUUUGUCCCAAUUCAACACCCUUUUUGCCUUAAGUUUACACAUGCUUCCUCCACAGUGACUGACAAGCACAGAACUGGUCUUAAGUUUGGUUUGGUGCAGCUGUGAUUGUUAAUUCAUGUGGUGUAGAGAGCAAAUGUACUACUUCAGCGAGCAGGUUGGUGGAUUUGGACAUAGAGGAAAUAUGGGAACCCUGUUUUAAAUGAGCCAUGACCUGUACAUAAGUUAGAUAUUUAAAACCCAAAUUUACCUUGACUCCUUAUUUUUGUUGUUUUUUUUGUUUUGUUUGUUUUUUUGUUUUUUGACUCAUCUGUGUCAUAAAAUGACCAAAUGCAGGUUGGUUACUAUGUAAAGCAGACUGCCUCAAGCUCAUGAAGUUUAAAAAGACAAUAUUUAACAGAGGCCACAGCUUUUACAUGUGGCUUUAUCUAGUAUAGUACAAGUCUGCCCAUAGUGUGCCUGUGGUUACUCAUAGAUGCCUGUUUUGCCUGUAACAUCUAAAUGGGCUCAUGUAAAGAUGUAAUUUUCCAACUAUAAAUUAAAAACAUUUUAAAAACGCGG